GCCGGCCGGGUCGGGGCCGCGGGCCAAGAGUCCCAGGCCUCCGUCCGGAUGUGAUGAAAGGAGCGCCCGACGAGGAAGUGCUGUGGGAGGCAGGAGUGGAGGCCGGGAAGCGGCCCGGUCCCUGCGCGCAGCGCCGGCGGGGCGGCCAGCUAGGCAGCUGUCGGGGGAGCGGCCCAUGUCCGACGCCGGCGAAGCCCUGGGUCCGGGGCCCCGACCGGGGGCCGAAGCUGGCGAGGGCCGCCUGGGCGCCCCGGCCCAGGAUAAAUGUGAAAAAGAAAAUACCGAGAGAGAUAUAACUCAUGCUACGAAUAGCUGCUUCACACAUGGAGAGAUGCAAGACCAGUUCAUUUGGGGAAAUUGUUCAGAGGAUGAACUCAUCAGAACCCAACCUCAGCGCUUGCCUCAGCUUCAAACUUCAGCACAAGAACCAAGUGAGGAGGACAUAGACAAGACAAAGAACUGCCACAAAAGUCUGAGCAAUGGAAAUGGAAUUCACCAUGGAGCCAAACAUGUGUCUGUGGAUAAUCGAAGACUUUCAGCACCUGUUUCGCAAAAAAUGCAUAGAAAAAUUCAGUCCAGCUUGUCUGUAAAUAGUGAUAUCAAUAAGAAGAGCAAAGUAAAUGCAGUCUUUUCCCAAAAGCCAGGCUCCUCACCUGAAGAUUGCUGUGUCCACUGUAUCCUGGCCUGCUUGUUCUGUGAAUUCCUGACCCUCUGCAACAUUGUCCUGGGACAAGCUUCCUGUGGCGUCUGUGCCUCAGAAGCCUGCUGCUGCUGCUGCGGAGAGGAAAUGGGCGAUGACUGUAACUGCCCUUGUGACAUGGACUGUGGCAUCAUGGACGCCUGUUGUGAAUCAUCAGACUGUUUGGAAAUCUGUAUGGAAUGCUGUGGGAUUUGUUUUCCUUCAUAAAUAUUUAUCUUUUGUUUGUGUUAAAA